AUGGCCAGCACGUUAAGCCCCAGCACCAUGACUGAGACCCCGAGUCCUCCCGAGAUGUCAGAGCGCAUCCAAAAUGCUGCUGACAUCUCUGUCAUUGUCAUCUACUUCGUGGUGGUGAUGGCUGUCGGGCUGUGGGCGAUGCUGAAGACCAACAGGGGCACCGUCGGAGGCUUCUUCCUGGCCGGUCGGGAUGUGUCCUGGUGGCCGAUGGGCGCCUCUCUCUUCGCCAGUAACAUCGGCAGCGGCCACUUCGUGGGCCUGGCGGGGACGGGAGCGGCUUCAGGCAUCGCCACUGCAGAAUUUGAAUGGAAUGCCUUGGCGCUUCUGCUGGUUCUAGGGUGGUUCUUCGUCCCCAUUUACAUCAAGGCAGGGGUGAUGACCAUGCCAGAAUACCUGAGGAAGCGGUUCGGUGGGAAGCGACUGCAGGUCUACCUCUCCGUCCUCUCCCUCUUCAUCUGCGUGGCUUUGAGAAUCUCGUCGGACAUAUUUUCCGGAGCCAUAUUCAUCAAGCUGGCCUUGGGACUGGACCUUUACCUGGCGAUCUUCAUCCUCUUGGCCAUCACUGCUGUUUAUACCAUCACUGGGGGCCUGGCCUCCGUUAUCUACACAGACACCCUCCAGACAGUUAUCAUGCUGAUAGGCUCCUUUAUUCUCAUGGGGUUUGCGUUUGCUGAAGUCGGAGGCUACGAGAGCUUUACAGAGAAGUACAUGAAUGCCAUCCCGACCGUAGUCGAGGGGGACAACCUGACAAUCAGCCCCAGAUGCUACACCCCUCAGGCAGACUCCUUCCACAUCUUCCGAGAUGCUGUCACUGGGGAUAUUCCAUGGCCAGGAAUGAUAUUUGGGAUGACCAUCGUAGCUGUGUGGUACUGGUGCACAGAUCAGGUCAUCGUGCAGCGCUGCCUGUCGGGCAAGGACAUGUCUCACGUGAAGGCCGCCUGCAUCAUGUGUGGGUACCUGAAGCUGCUGCCCAUGUUCCUCAUGGUGAUGCCAGGCAUGAUCAGCCGCGUCCUGUACACAGAGAAGGUGGCCUGCGUCGUGCCUUCUGAAUGUGUGAAACACUGUGGCACUGAAGUCGGCUGCACUAACUAUGCCUACCCAAUGCUGGUGAUGGACCUGAUGCCUGAUGGACUGCGAGGCCUGAUGCUGUCAGUCAUGUUAGCCUCUCUCAUGAGCUCCAUGACCUCCAUCUUCAACAGCGCCAGCACCCUCUUCACUAUGGACCUCUACACCAAGAUUAGGAGGCAGGCAUCCGAGAAAGAGCUCCUCAUAGCUGGACGGCUAUUUAUUGUUCUGAUGAUUGUCAUCAGCAUUUUGUGGGUCCCAUUAGUACAGGUAUCUCAAAAUGGACAACUGUUCCAUUACAUAGAAUCGAUUUCUAGCUACCUCGGGCCUCCGAUCGCGGCCGUCUUCCUGCUUGCCAUCUUCUGUAAAAGAGUCAAUGAACAGGGAGCCUUCUGGGGUCUAAUCACCGGACUUGUGAUCGGCCUCAUCCGCAUGAUUGCAGAGUUUGCCUACGGAACAGGGAGCUGCCUCACGGCCACUAACUGUCCCAAGAUCAUCUGUGGGGUGCACUACCUGUACUUUGCCAUCAUCCUCUUUUUUGUCUCCAUACUAGUCGUCCUGGGAAUUUCCCUGUUAACAAAGCCCAUUCCCGAUGUACACCUGUACCGCCUAUGCUGGGCUCUUCGGAACAGUACAGAGGAACGGAUCGAUUUAGAUGCAGAAGAGAAAAGAGAGGAAGAGGCUGAUGUUCUCGAUGCAGAUGAUCCCGAGAAAACUCGGGGAUGUCUCGGGAAGGCUUACGACUUAUUCUGCGGUUUGCAGCGGAAGGGCCCCAAGCUGAGCAAAGAGGAGGAGGACGUGCGGAGGAAGGAGCUGACGGACACCUCCGAGGGGCCGCUGCGGAAGGCGGUGGUGGACGUCAACGCCGUGGUCCUCCUGACGGUGGCCAUCUUCAUCCACGGCUAUUUUGCCUGAACUCUGAGCCACUAAAAUAUUUAUUAAGCAAAGGAUAAUUUUAUUGAUUUUUCACUUCUAAAAGUGAAAACUUUGUUGUGUUGCAAAAGAGAGGUGACAGUGGUGAUUUUAUUGAAUGAGAUGACUAAGGGUCUGACUGUGGACCUUGUUGUUUCUUUGUGUC